CGCCGUUUCUGCCGCGCGGCCGCAUUUUAUUUGGGAGCGCCGUGCGCACCCUACGCGCCGCCACCGGGGCGCGGCAGCGCUGAGCGCGGCGCGACCGCAGCUCUUACCGUUUACGUCGGCUUUUCAGCGGCAGAAAUGCCGCCCUUGAGGCCCGAGAUGCGAAUCUCUAGCCUGAUCACGGCGUGCGCGCUCCUCGCCGCGGCGCCUGCGCACGGCUUCCGCCUCGGCGCCCUCAUCACGCGCGCGCGCGCGCCCAAGCCGCUCCAGAAGCCGGACGCGCGCAAAGCCUGGCUCGACGCGGCCGUGGUCGGCCCGCUGCCGGCUUUGGCCAAUCCACCGUGGCUGGAUGCAGCCUUGCGGUUGGCAAAGCGCGACGCGGAAGCGUUCGUGCCCGAGCUCCACGCGACGCUCACCGACACCGUCCACGCGUCGCCGGGCGCGACGCUCAAGGACGUCUCGGCGGCCGUCUCCCAGCGCGCGGCUGCCUGGGCCGAGACGCGCGCGCCCUUCGCGCGCUGGACGGCGGCGCACUACGCCCGGCCGCUGGGCGUGGCGAUCGACGCGCCCCAGCUCGGCGAAGCAUUGGAGCCGCUCUACGAGGAGUAGAUGACGGUGUGGAAAUCAAAUUUCAGACGCCCACGCCAUCGACGCGACGUUGUCCUUAAUACAGGUACCAGACGGGACGGCUCGCGCGCCGCAAGCCGCUCAAGGCGCUCGCCAUCUUCCUCAGAGCGGGCGUGAUCCGCGCCGCCGCGGCGGUCUCGAAGGUCUCGGCCGCGCGCCCGCGCCGCCCGCGCGGCCGCACGCCGCUUGUGCGCAAGGCGCGCCGCUCUUUGCUCCCGGGCCUCCUCGACGACGUCGCGGCGGCGCUGCCGCCGACGCCGGCGCCGCCGGCGGGCCUCGGGGACGCCUGUCGCCGCCUCGCGGAGAACACGUUCGUGGGCUACGCCGCCGACGGCCUGCCGGUCGCCGGCUCGCUCGACGUAGCGGCCGUCGCCUCGAACCUCUGCUUCUAGAUCGUCCCGCGUUCGGCACAAGGCCGCCGCGUCACGCUCUCCAAUGCCUACCCGCAUUCCUCUUUGUAACUGUGUUACGCCCAUAUAUAGUACCGUCGCGUCGAUGGCGUCAGGGGAGAGCGACACCCGCGGGCGACGAGAACCCGCGGUAUGUACGAAAGGAAUUAUUAUGCAGAGGAAAGCCU